AUGGUGCAGAAGAUUGGCAGAAUCAUUUCGGAGAGCAUCGCGAGCCGAAUUCCUGACGCGGAUGGUCGUGCUUCGAAUCUUGUGCAGGUCGAUCCCGAGGAACGUACUAAGAACUCGUCCGCAGUUCGUGAUCAGCAGGAUGAGAGUCAUUCGAUCCCGGGUGCAACCAAUAUCAUCACAGCAAGGGUGAUAAACAAAAUGGAGAGUGACCCAGUGAGGCUGUAUUGCAAUGUUUAUGAGUACGGUCGCUCGACUGUCGAGUACAGAGCAGUGUUCUUGAAGCGUUUGGAAUCUACGAGCUUUCAAAUGAAUCUGCCGGAUGAUGAGUUUGCAGAUAGGCAGCUGAUUUGCAGCUUUGCGUGGAGAGACGACAAAUUCAUGUGGUGGGCUCUGUACAAAAAUAGUCCUCAUCGCUAUGAUGAGCCACUUUCCAACUGGCUUGUGAAUGAGCAGGGUCUUCACUACAAGACCAAGGCUCUUGGUUUCUCCCUCGUUCGAGAAUGGGAGAACUGGUAA